AUGUAUGAAUCACCCGUACAAGUCAACCAGGAGACUGUAGAUGCAAUGCUACAAAAACUUGUUCAGUUGAAUAUGUUGGAGGAAGGACUUAUGAAUCACCCAGUUGUGGGAUUUGGAGAAUCUGGUCGCAAAGCAAGUGAAAUGAGGAUUCUAUUGGCAAGAAUUGAAGAAUCUGAGUCAUUUGCACCUUCUGUGGGUGAACUUCAACGCAUAGAAUGUUUGAGAUCUCUAAGGGAGAUUUCCAUUGCACUUGCAGAGAGGCCAACUCGUGGUGACUUAACUGGUGAAGUAUGUCAUUGGGCAGAUGGGUAUCGUUUGAAUGUCAGAUUAUAUGAGAAACUUCUUUCCAGCAUUUUUGAUGUUCUAGAUGAGGGGAAACUAACUGAGGAAGUGGAAGAAAUACUUGAACUUCUAAAGUCAACGUGGCGUAUCUUGGGAAUAACAGAGACUAUUCAUCACACCUGUUAUGCAUGGGUGCUAUUCCGCCAGAGAACAACUUGGUUGGGAAUAUUUUACAUGUGCAUACCUACAGGAAUUGCCCUUGGUUAUGUUUAUGGUGGAUGGGUAAAUUUGGCAAGAGAACAGGUUGGUUUAUGA